AGGAAAUUUCAUGGAAAACUGACACAACAGGCUGCUUUAUGUCAAGUAAAAAAAAAACUACCUAGUAUGAUGGGAUAUGACACAACGCCCUUCAAGGAGAUGGGGAUAUCAAAAUAUUUUCCAGGAAGAAAUAUUUAUGAGAAAUAUAAUUACAGUCGAUGUGCAGUUGUAUUAAGUUCGUUUUAUAUGAAUGAAACAGGAUUUGGUGAUGAAAUAGAUUCUCAUGAGGCAGUUUUGCGACUAAACGAUGCCCCAACAGUGGGAUAUGAGAAAUCAGUUGGUAGGAAAACCACAAUUCGUCUUCUAAAUAGCAAAUGCUUCAAUGACAGUACAUUUAUUAAUGACAUAGAGGCUAUGUUUGUGAACACCACACUGGUCACAUGGAAAAGUGGACCAUAUAAUGGUAAUUUGUAUAAGUGGUACCAACGAGAAUCAGUUAAAGAACUGUUAGCCAAGUACAUAAGAUGGAGAAUGGUUCAGCCAUCACAGGAUUUCUAUGUUAUUAAUCCAACAUCUCUCUGGGACAUAUGGGACGAUAUUAUGUACUUCAAUAAAGGAAAACCAAUCAAAAAGAUUGUACCAUCAUCAGGAUUCACAGGAUUGCUUAUGAUGCUGGGUUUAUGUGACAAAGUUGACGUGUAUGGAUUUGGAAUUAAUGAUGUAUCAAGUUGUCAUUAUUACGAUAAGCCAGGAUGCAACAGUGCAAGCAAGCGAUGGCAUCCACUCCAAGAGAAAGCAAUAAUGGCUGCAAUGCAUGAUGGACCUAUAAGUGACCUAGACAAACACGUUGUUACUGUCAAUGGCUUCAAACAUAUAAACUGUAACGGUACAUGAUUGGAAUCUCUGACUGCAACCAAGGGGGCUAGGUGACAUAAUACAGAAAGGACACAGAAAAGGUGUCUGGAAAAACAAUGGAGGUAGUUUAAUAAUGACAUUACCACUAGUACUAUGGUCCAGCUAAAUUUGAAAACCAAAGCUAACCCCCCCCC